ACCUCCCGACUCUGCCUCGCUUCUGCCUCGCUUCUGCCCUCCGCUGCUGUUCGCCAGCCAGCCAGUGUUCCGCCACCCACCACCGUAUCUUUCAGCGCCGUCAUCGUGAAAGCCGCCAUGUCCAAAGACCUUGCCGACUUUGACCGAGAGAUGGCCGGUCUGUACGAUCUCAAACCGCCCAUCACAGCAUCCAAGAUGCAGGCCAUCACCCGGAGCGCCCUGAAGAACGUCAAGCUCUACAAGAACGUUGUCCAUGCCGUCGAAAAGUUUAUCCAGCGAUGCAGUCCCGAGCUCAAGCUCAUUGGCGUCUAUGUCGUCGAUGCCCUUGCCCGUGCUGCCCAGAAAAUCCCCGAUGGCGAGGUUUUCGUUGGUCGUUUCGAGGAGAAGCUCGAGAACAUGUCCAACCACCUGCAGUAUGCGCCCGACCGCGACAAGAUCAAGAUCAGACGGACCUUUGGCUUGUGGAAAAAAUCGCAACUCUUCAAUGCCGAGAUGCUCGCAAACAUCGAAGUCGCCUAUCUGGGCGGAUCCGAUCAAGACUCGCACCCGUCUACUGGAGAUGCCUCUCCUCCGGCAACUGUCGACACAGCCACAGCCACGGCUACAGCUACUGCCACUCUUGGGAUAGGGUCGUCGGACCCGCGUGUCAAGUCAGGCGCUGUAGCCCCGUCCUCGACGCUAGAAUCUCUGCUGCCACCCAGCCUGGCAGCACCUUCCCUGUCCCUCUCAGAGCCGCCGUCGACGAUUGCCAACUCAGACCCCUCGGCGCUCCUGCAGGCCCUCACACCCCAUCUCAGUGGUCUGGGGGGCGCACUGGGUCUUGCCUCGCUUGUCCCGCCUGCGCUUACAUCCACCACUCUACCGGCAACGCCCUUGAUGCCCACGCCAAUGGACGCCCUCGAUCCUAUCAGCUCCAAGAUGCCGCCGGGGUCGCUGAGCUCUCUUUUGGGCCUGGCUCCUCCCCCACCUGUUGUGUCAGCACCCUUACUACCGGGCCUUGGUCUGGCGAGCCUGCUAACGCAAUCCGUGCUCGAACCCACCGCAGCUGCGCUCUCUUCAAUCCCUCCAGCCUUGAACGCCUUGACUGCACCUGUCGUAAGCGGUGGCAUUGCCCCGCUUGCGACCAUUCCGGGCUUUCCCGCCAUGCCACUGAUCGAUGCACUCCAGGCAGCCCAGGGCCCCGCUCCACCCAAGCAGGACUUCCAGCGGACUGAUUCCCCAGGCUUUAACGUACACCCCGGCCUUGGUAAUCUCGACAGUGGCGGCAGCAGCCAAGCCCUGUUUGGAACAGCCUGGCCGUCGUCACCGCAUGAUCUGCCACAGCGCCCGGCCGACCCGCGGCAGUCCCACGCAAACUCGCUGCCAGCGCGGGGACCCCCAAAGCGAGGCGGCAACGGCGAUGUCUACGACUACAGUGCCGGUGGCAAACGGUUCUUCGACGAUGAUUAUGGCGACCCGAACCUUCCAAAGUGCAUGCCGCCCCGGUUGGAUCCGGCCCUGGGAAACGAGUUUUUCAAAGUCCUGAGCAGAACUGUGUACGUUGGCGGUGUCACCAACAUGGUGACCAAGGAAAUGCUGCGGGACUUGUUUGAAACCGUUGGACGAGUCGAUACUGUCGUGGUCAACUACCACAAGUUCAAUGCAUUCAUCAAGAUGUUUACCCGAGUCGAGUGCGAAAUGGCCCGGGAGAAGCUUGAUCACAUUUCCGUGGCCGGAGCAACCCUCAAGCUUGGCUGGGGCUGCGGAUUCGGCCCAAAGAAUAUCUUCAGCUACGACAAGGGAGAAACCGUCUUCCCCAUGAACCGCGUCGUAGACCCCGACCGCAAGUGGCUGGUUCUGUCCAAGCGCGGGCCUGGCCGGAUCCAAGCUGGCAUCGUCAUCGAGGAGCCCGACGUAGGCGUGAACUGCGAGGACUUGAUCACAGCGGGCGAGCCCUCUCCGCAUGCCGGCAUGCCAACCGCAACGAUCCAGCGCAUCGCAAGAGAGUACAUCCCCGGCGCAAACCGGGACCUCGAUGGCGGCCCGCACAAGCGCCACAAGAGCAGCGACGGCGGAUCCGGCGACGGCCGAUCGAGCAACAGCCCGGGCGGACCCAGGUCCUGGGGCCGCUCUGCGGCAGAUGACCAGCGUGGGCCUCGCAACCCCGGUGGUCGUGGAGAGCGGGUCGACAACCCUCCAGGGCCCCGUUCGCGCAGCUCACGAGCUGGCUCGAGCUUCUCCAAGGGCCGGCGCUUGGACGACCACGGCGACGAUGAGAUUGCAGCACUGAGUGAUGGGCACUCGCCCCAGCCCUCAGAUUGGUCUGGUCGGGACAGCUUCGGCCCGCAGAGCCAACACCACGGCGGACUCGGUCGCCAUAUCGAGGCCUAUCAGUCGCCAUCCGGCUCCUCACCCCAGAGAGGAGCCGGUCCAUAUCAGUCCCCACUUCACUCCGGCAGUAUGUCUGGCCCUGGUGAGGCUAGCCCCUACAUCGCAAGCCCAGGUCUCUCCCAUAUCCCGGACCAUGCAGCCGCCAUCAUGUUGAAUCACAGUAGCCUCCAUGGAGGUCUCCAUGGGAGCCCGCUUGACAGUGUCUCUGAGGGAGCCGCUGCCGCUGCCGUUACGAGCGGUUCGACGCAGAAACGAAAGUCAUCGCGUUGGAAUGCCUGAUGCGACGAAUGAUAGCGAUGAUAGCGACGAUGAAUGACGACGAUGAUGAUGGUGUCAGGAGCGAUGAUUGUAUUACCGAUCAUCGACAGCGUUUGUUGAUCUUGAUGAAACCUGAGCAGAGCAGAGCCCCGUUGGUUGGGGCAGAUAUCAAUAUAGACCACCCUAUUUCCCAUGAAUGACUACACUUUAUUCAGAAAAAAACGGGACAAUAUAGCCGUUUCCAUGAACAUGUAGUAUGUGCUGUGCU